AUGGCUUCCGGGAAUUUGGUUCUUUCCUUUGCUUUUCCAAGCAUUCCCAGCAUCCCAAUGACAAAUGCCUCUAAACAUAUUCAUCAUGCGAGAGCACAGCUUGAGCCUUACACCAGCCACAUUUAUGGUCAAAUGUCACCCAAGCCAAACGCUGAGGCGAUGCAUGAAUGGCGCAAGUGGAUACCAAUAGCAGACUCCGAGGCUGUGAUUGGGCCAGAGGGGGAGCCCGUCACGGGUUGCGACGCCGGGUGUGACGGGGCAGCCAGAGGUAGCUGGUACGGCGACACGGGUAUGUUGUCACCCGGAUACACGGGUACCAGCGACUUCGAUGCUCAUGUGCAGGAGGUACAGUACAGGCACCCUCUUGGCAAGGACAAGAGCAAGCGCAAAUAA